AUGCAGGAGUACGACAAAAUCUACUACCCCGUGAUGUUUGCGAGCCGUACUUUGAAGUCGACUGAGCUGAAUUAUGGCAUCGCGGAGAAGGAUGUAUUAGCUUUACUAAGGAUCCUGGAUCUUAACUACAACGCACUGGUCGGACUACCGAUCCACGUGUUGAUCCGACAAUCUACUUUGACGUGGCUCUUCAGAACCACAGCCCUACAAGGACGUCUAGGACAGUGGGCUGCUUUGUUGUCGCCCUGGACUCUCGAGAUCACCAAGUGGGUCAAGGGAAAGGAUGAGAUCUUAGAAGCAUUGGCAGCCAGAAUUACCCCUAGAUCUGAAGUGGAUAAGGUAUUGAUCUCGAUUACCCCCAAAAAGGAACCGCGACACAUGAUCCAGGCCCCGAUCCCCACUAUUCGACGCGAUGAGGAUCUAUACGCUGUUAGUUUCGAUGGAUCUGCUCGUGUUAAGAGAGGUGGAGGCGCCUACAGCGCGAUCUUGUGGAAACUACCGGAAUGGAGGGUAGAUCUGGAUACCCAAAUCUUGACAGUAAAUGAGGCAGAAUACCAUGGGUUACUGUUGUGUCUGAAACUGUUAGAAGAUCUGGAUCCACGACAUCUAGUGAUCUGCGGAGACUCGAACCUGGUGAUCCGACAAGUACGAGGUGAGAUCGAUUGUAAGGCACCGGGUUUGACAUUGCUACACCAGCGGGCUCUGGAUCGACUACGGAUCGAGGUCGAGUCUGAACAGGAGAUCCAGGAUCUAGUGACCUUGAACCGGUUGGAUGAGAUCCUGGUAGUGAAGAUCGAAGACGAGCUCGCUCAGAUAUCUGCUGUGACUACUCGAUCUAAAGCUAGAUCUGGAGUGCGCACUGGGUCUGAUCCAGAUGCACUGCAUGAGGAAGUUGUGCGAGAACUGCGGAUCGAGCGGAUCCGGCAAGCACAAGAUGAGGGGUCGUGUAUCUCAGGUUUGAAGAAAUAUUUGAUCGGUGAGAUCCGAGAUCUGACGCAAGAGGAUGCUAAGAUGUUGAGAUCUAUUGCUAUGAAUUAUGAAGUGGAUCAGUCGAACCUACUCAUCUACUGCCCCACAACUAAGGAGACCGCUGCGGAUCGAGACAAGUUGAUGCGACUGGUGGUGCCUGAGACGCUUCAACAAGAUAUUUUGCAUCACUACCACACGAGCUUGCAGGGUGGCCAGCAAGGGAUCGGUCGUACCUAUGAUCGGAUUCGCGAUCAAUUCCACUGGAGAGGGCUACAUCAGAGCGUACAACGAUAUGUGGGGGAAUGUGUUGAUUGUGAAACAGGCAAAGGACGACCUCGGAUCCAGGGUGGGUCACCUGGUAACCUUCAGGCAACAUAUCAGUUCCAGAUCAUUGUCAUGCAUCACAUACCUUCGCUGCCUAGAUCUUUCAAUGGUAACACAGAGCUAUUGAUCUUCGUGGAUUUAUUCUCUGGAUAUGUGAUCGCCAAAGACAGCGCCUCUAGAUCUGUACAAACGAUCGCUGGACUUACGAAGAAUGCGUUUUCCUCAGAUUUGGUGUGA